AUGUUUGAUAGUAAAAGCAUUUCAAUUGCUUCUUUCUUUCGGCACACAACUCUUUGUGAACAUGCUGAAUUGCUGGAAUCUGUGAUGGAAACAACGACUGGUGAGAAAUUAACUUCAUGGACGGCGUUACAUCUGAAUGAAGGUAUCGCUUCAUUUGCACAAGAAAGAAUUUUUCUUGAUGAAAAAAUUCGCUUUGCAACAACCAGUAAACAUAUGUACACAGUUCCAGUCAUCUACCGAGUUACAGUAGACAUCAAACCUAUUUCAAUCUUACGACUACGAAAGGCAAUUCGGGAAGUGAUUCUAAAACACAGUAUUCUUCGCACAGCGCUUUUUACCGACACACAUGGCACGGUCAGGCAAUUAGUGAUCGAUGCAUCUCGCAAUGAACUUUUCGGUUUCGACAUAUGUCAUAUAAAAGAGGAUAAUAGCAGCAUCUCUGAAAUGAUUCGUCAUUCGAAUCUUUUCAACCUCACCGAAGGACGUCUUCUUCAUUGUCAUCUUCUUCGUCAACAAUCACCCUCAUUACAAAAUCACGAUCAUUUAUCCACUAAUGAUAUCAUCUUAUUUCAUAUU